AAGAAAAGGGAAAAAAAAAAAAGACCUGCGGAUUGAUCCACGCUAUAUUUUUGGGUAAAUACAAUCACGUGAGGGCGGGCAGCCAAUGGCACACUGGGAAAGGCUGAAAAAAUAAUUACCUGCCCUGAUUGUUCUAUGAGAAGAUAAAAAGUACACAUACAGUUCAUACAAUAAUCUUAUGAAUGUAAAAGAGGGGGGAACCAUGUCGGCUUCUGGCCCCAUAAGCAACUACUAUGUUGACUCCUUGAUAAGCCACGAAAACGAAGAGCUCUUGGCCUCCAGGUUCCCCAGCACUGCCUCCCACCCGGCUGCUGCCCGACCGUCAGGAUUAGUCCCGGACUGUGCCGACUUUCCGUCCUGCAGUUUCGCCCCCAAGCCGGCCGUUUUUACCACCUCCUGGGCUCCCGUCCACUCCCAAUCCUCCGUGGGCUACCACCCCUACGCUCCCCAGGCACCCGUGGGGGCCGAGCCCAGGUACAUGCGGACUUGGCUGGAGCCCCUCGCCGGGGCCGUCUCCUUCCCGGCCUUCGCCCCCGGUGCUCGCCCCUACGGCCUGAAGCCCGACGCCUUCCCCGGGCGACGGGCGGAGUGUGGCCCCGCCGACGGCCGCGGCUACGCGGACUACAUGUACGCGGCUCCGGGGGAGCUGAGAGACAGAGCAGCGCAGACAAUUCCUUCCCCGGAGUCCGAAGCCAUCGCUUCCAGCAAACACAAAGAAGAAAAGCACGAAUUAGACCCUAACAAUCCCGUCGCAAAUUGGAUUCAUGCGCGCUCCACGAGGAAGAAAAGAUGUCCUUACACAAAGUAUCAGACCCUGGAACUGGAAAAAGAGUUUUUAUUCAAUAUGUACCUUACACGGGACCGGAGGUACGAAGUAGCCAGAGUCCUUAAUCUCACUGAACGCCAAGUCAAAAUCUGGUUUCAGAACAGGCGAAUGAAAAUGAAGAAAAUGAAUAAAGAAAAAACCGAUAAAGAACAGCAAUAAAGUUUGCAAAGUCCAGUCAAUGAGAAACGAGGGUGGAGAGGAAAAAAAAAAAAAGAGGAAAAAAAAAGAAAGAAAAAAAAGAGGCUGUUUUUGGGGGUUGAAAUGUUUCUGAUUUUGAAUGUGCGGAUGAAUGUUUAGCAUUAUAGGCAAACACAGCAAGCGUUUUGGGACACGAGUCUUUUCUAAAAUGCAACUAAAUAAAAGAAAGAUGUUUGGGGGGUUUGUUUUCUCUUCCUUUCUUCUUCCUUGUUUUUUAUUUUGUCCUCCUCAGAAAACAAACACAAGAAGUACUUGAAUAUUUUUUUUAGUAUUUUAUUUCAUAAA